GACGCGAUCUGCUCCGGCAUCCCAGUCCAGUGCGGCGCCAUCGUGGACGCCGUGUCCGAGGAGUGGGGCAAGGCGAGGGACGGCGUGGACGAGCUGGCCGCCGAGCUGGCGCGGGCCGCGGACGACAACGCCAGGCUCAACGUCCAGCUCCAGGCGCAGAUCACCACGCUCCGCGGGGUGCAGAGCGACUGCGCGGCGCAGCUGGCGGAGGCCACCGCGCAGAUGAACCAGGCGGCCUCCGAGGCCCGGCAGAAGGACGAGCAGCGCAGAGACCUGCUGAGCAGCCACGGGCGGUUCAUGUCGGAGUGCAGCGAGAGGAUCGAGCAGAUUCUCUACCAAGACAUGUGCUACAUCAAGAAGAUCCGCGCGGGCAUCCUGGAGGACAGCACCGUCUCGCCGCCCGACGACAUCGUCGACUGCGAGGUUUCGGACUGGGUGCCUGGGGAGUGCUCCGUGAGCUGCGACGACGCCUGCACCGGCGCAGAGGACACCGGUGCCUGCGGAGGGUGGCAGACGCUUGCGCGCGAGGUGACGCUGCAGAACAACUCCUACGGCGUUGCGUGCCCCGCCCUGCGGCGCAGCGGGAGGUGCGGCCAGGUCAUGUGCCCCGUCGACUGCGCCAUGUCCGAGUGGUCGGGCUUCUCGGAGUGCAGCAAGGGCUCGGGCAAGACGAGAACUGACCCGCGCCGGUGA